CACACCGACUAGAGAUAAGAAGAGUUGACAAAGAAGUGUUUUGAAUCAGACGAUCAAUGACCCGAGUGGACUCGCGGCUCUGGAAGUUUAAUAGCUUAAUACAAGUCCUCGGACCAGCUGUCUGAGUUGGUACAAUGGACCAUAAGAAAAAGGUUAUAGAGCGCUUAAGCAAAUGCACUGCUGGAGAGGAGUCACUGCCUUUACCUGCCCUGACCAAAGCUUCAGUGCUGAUUCCUCUUUUCGUGAGAGAAGGGAAGCUACAGGUGUUGAUGACCGUGCGCUCCACUGAACUCAAACACAACGCAGGGGAGGUGUGCUUUCCUGGGGGGAAGUCUGACAGAAAUGAUCGAGAUGAAAUUGACACUGCCUUAAGAGAGGCAGAGGAGGAGAUUGGCCUUCCUCCUGAUGAAGUAGAAGUAGUUUGCAGACUCAUUCCAGUCUUGAAUCAGAGGGGACUUCUGGUGACCCCUGUGGUGGGUUUCAUUAGUGAGUCUUUCCAUGCACGUCCAAACCCAGCUGAAGUGAGUGACGUGUUCUCUGUUCCUCUGGAGUUUUUCUUGAAGAAUACUCAGCACUCUGCAUAUCCGGUACCCAAUGUAGGUGGCAUGACGCACAGUUUCAUCUUCACUGACCCCCUUACAGACAAGAUCCAUCACAUCUGGGGAUUAACAGCAUCUCUGACUAUACUGUUGGCUGUUUUGGUGUUUGAGAGGAAACCAGAGUAUGAGGUUGGCUUCGAUGUGGACAAUCCAAUGGUAAACUUUCGACGUGAACUUCAACACAGGCUUAGCAAGUUAUGAGUAAGAAUAAGGUGGAUCCUGGACUAAUUUAUAGAGAGAUGAUAUAUGUUUUCAUGUUUCCUCCUGGUAUAAAAUAAUUAUUCUCUAUGUUGAAAUUAGGAGUGGCCAUGUUGCUAUGGGCACCCUGGGACUAAUUUCUUAAUCUUAACUACACUGAACUUAACUAUGUUGAAAUUCAGAACUCAAGCAGUGCUAAUAGUACCUUACAUCAGUCCUGAUAGUAGCAUUUUAUUGCUUUAUUAAGGUCCACUCAGAGACUUUUUUUGUGAUGUGAACAAAAUAUUAAGAAAAAUGUGUCAUAUGUAAAGGUAAUAGUUAUGGAUGGCAGCUUGCAAAUGAGGAGAAUGUACAACAAGCAAUGAUGCCAGUGUGACUGUAUGUCCUCAAAGCUGACUGUGCUUUACAAAUUAAAAAAUAAUUUGAGUAAAGGUGAA